GCGGCCGGGGACGAGAUGAAGCUGAAGCGGUUCUUGCUCCGAUAUUACCCGCCGGGUAUUAUUUUAGAAUAUAUUCAAAGUGGAGAACUGAAAACCAAAUCCAUAGAUUUACUAGAUCUCAAUACCGCAACUGAUGUAGAAGCCUUAGUAGAAGAUAUUAGAAAAGCAGAGCCUCUCAUCACACAGUCACGGAAAGACCAGGUUGUACAUUUAAUUCUACGAUUACAAGAGAAGCUAGGACAAGUGGACCACAAGUUCUAUCUUUUUAAGGUACUUCGAGCACAUAUAUUGCCACUUACCAACGUUGCCUUUAACAAAUCUGGUUCUUGCUUUAUCACUGGAAGUUAUGACCGAACAUGCAAACUGUGGGAUACGGCAACAGGAGAAGAGUUACGUUCUCUGGAAGGCCACAGAAAUGUGGUGUAUGCAAUUGCUUUCAAUAAUCCUUAUGGUGACAAGAUUGCUACUGGAUCAUUUGAUAAGACCUGCAAAUUAUGGAGUGUAGACACAGGAAAAUGCUAUUAUACUUUUAGAGGACAUACUGCAGAAAUUGUUUGCUUGUCAUUUAAUCUUCAAAGCACACUAGUUGCAACAGGAAGCAUGGAUACUACGGCUAGACUAUGGGACAUACAGAAUGGAGAAGAAGUAGUCAGAUUAACAGGACAUUCUGCAGAGAUAAUUGCGUUAUCGUUUAACACCACAGGAGACAAAAUAAUCACAGGUUCUUUUGAUCAUACAGUUGCAGUAUGGGAUGUUAGCACGGGCAGGAGAAUGCAUACUUUAAUAGGCCAUCGUGCAGAAAUAAGCAGCGCACAAUUCAACUGGGAUUGUACUCUGAUCAUCACUGGAUCUAUGGACAAAACAUGCAUGCUUUGGAAUGCUUUGACAGGCAAGCGAGUGGCAACCUUAACAGGCCAUGAUGAUGAAGUAUUAGAUGUUUGUUUUGAUUAUACUGGCCAGCGUAUUGCAAGUGCCUCAGCUGAUGGAUCAGCAAGAGUAUAUGAUGCAGAAACAAAAAAAUGUGUGGCAAAACUUGAAGGGCAUACAGGAGAAAUUUCAAAGAUCUGUUUCAAUCCUCAAGGAAGUCGUAUUCUUACAGCCAGUUCAGAUAAGACAGCUCGCCUUUGGGAGCCCAAGACAGGACAAUGCAUUCAAAUAUUGGAAGGCCACACUGAUGAGAUAUUUUCCUGUGCUUUCAAUUACAAAGGGAAUAUAAUUAUUACAGGAAGCAAAGAUAAUACGUGUAGGAUAUGGCGCUAA